AUGCUUUCUUCUCAGUGGCAUAGUUAUAUGGUAAUUUUUGCUCUUUGUGCCUUCAAAACCACUUGUCUGGAUAACUUUAUUGCAGCAGUAUAUGAGCAUGCAGUAAUAAUGCAACCUGAAAGUUUAAGGCCUGUUACUCAUGUAGAAGCCUUAGAUUUGAUGAACAAAAAUAUGGACAUUUUGGAGCAAGCAAUUAUAUCAGCAGCAAAACAGGGUGCACAUAUCAUUGUGACUCCAGAAUAUGGUAUUUUUGGAUUUAUCUUUGAUAGAAUAAAUGUAUAUCCUUAUCUGGAGGACAUUCCACAUCCAAAGGUGAACUGGACCCCUUGUACAGACAGCAAGAGAUUUGCCAACACAGCAGUUCAAGAAAGACUCAGCUGCAUGGCCAGGAAUAACUCCAUCUAUGUGGUAGCAAAUAUAGGGGAUAGAAAGACAUGUGAUCCCACGGUGGCCAAGUGUCCCUCUAAUGGCUAUUACCAGUACAAUGCUAAUGUGGUAUAUGAUUCAGAGGGGAAAUUGGUGGCCCGUUACUAUAAGAAAUAUAUGUUAACAAAUGAAGUCCAGUUUGAUAGCCUAAUGGAGCCUGAGUUGGUGACGUUUGAUACAACAUUUGGAAAAUUUGGCAUUUUAACAGGCUUUGACAUACUUUUUCGUGACCCUGCGUUAACUCUGGUAGAAAAGUUGAAAGUGGACACAAUCGUGUUACCAGUAGCUUGGACGAACAAUUUACCAUAUUUAUAUCCUACUUCAUUCCAUGCAGCAUGGGCUAUGGGAAUGCGAGUUAAUUUGCUUGUAGCCAAUAUCCGUAAUACUGUCAAUCAAAUGUCAGGGAGUGGUAUUUAUGCACCAGAUUCUCCCAAAGUGUUUUAUUUUGAUAUAAAUUCAAAGAAUGGGACACUCCUCCUUGCACAACUGGACUCACAUCCCAAAUUCUCACUACCAGUGAAUUGGAGCUCUUAUGCUAAUAGCAUAGAACCUUUCUCAACAGAGCAAGAAGAAUUUAAAGCUUCAAUACUUUUUGAUAAGUUCACCUUCAAAGAACUUGUUAAUGAUUCAGGAAAUUACUCUGUUUGUCAGAAAACACUGUGUUGUCACUUAAGUUACAAAAUGUCUGAGAAGAGAACAGAUGAAGUUUAUGUUUUGGGGGCUUUUGAUGGACUUCACAUUGCUGAAAGAGAAUAUUACGUGCAGAUUUGUACUCUUUUGAAGUGCUUAACAACUAUGUUAGAAACUUGUGGGCAGCCAGUUGAGAAUGCUUCUACUUUGUUUGACAUGUUCUCUCUCAGUGGCACAUUUGACUCUAAGCACGUUUUUCCAGAGAUGUUGCUGAGUGGACUUCAGACUGCUCCUGGAGAAUUUAAGAUUUUAAAUGAUGGACGCAUAAUAAAUGAGAAUGGUACGUCUAGACCUGUCUUAAUGGUGACUCUAUUUGGGAGGCAAUAUGAGAAGAAUAAACCAACAAAUGCUUCAGUUGAGCAGGAAAUUGCAUUAUUGAUGAGGAUAAUAACUAUGGUAUUUGUUUUCUAUUCAGCAGUUUGGUAGGAACUGCACAAUGUUGUGUUGCCUACCAUUUAUUGUUUUCUAAUGGUAAGAACAUAUAUGUCUGGACAACUUUCCUACCCUCAACAAUUCUUAGGUGAAUGCCUAGGUUAGUAUAAUUCCUACCUUUCUCUGUAGUAUUGAAAAGUUAUUGAACCACAGUCCACCAAAUUUAAGUCCACCAAAUGAUACUGGUAAUUGGAUACUGGUAUGGGAGACUCUACCACAUGCUUCAUCAAAGCAGGAUCACUGAUGCUACUUUCUAAAUUAUAUUACUACCAUUACCACUUGCAUACUUCCAUUUAAUUGAGAAGAGCAUUGAAUCUGAGUUCAAAUUCUAGUAUUGACAUUUACUGUCUGUGGAAUCUUAUGUAAAUCAAAUCUCCCUGAGCCUCAGUUGCCACAUCUAUAAAAUGAAAGGAUCAUACUCUCUUAUUUGUAUAUAACAUCUUAAACAGAAUAUCCUGAGACAAACAUUCUCUCCUGCCAUUCUCCUAACACCUCUAUGAAAUAAACAUUGUGAGUACUAUUACAUUUCAGAUGUGGCAAUUGAUCCUCAAGGACAUGAAUCAUAGAAUCCCGAAGUGAAAAAUGGGCAUCUGCUUUACCAUCAUCUUAAACAUGGAUCCUGCUUUUAUAGCAUUCCUUACAAGUGAUCCACACACCCUCUGCCUCAUGAUUUGACCAGUAUCACACAGUUAUUAUGUGGUAGAAAAAGAAUUGAAAAUUGCCUCUUCAAAGUACAUAUUUAGAUUUCAUGUUUGUGUUAUUUCAUAAUUGUACUGCUUAGUUUUAACAUGCAUUAGGACAUUAAUGAUGAGAUCAAUAUCCAGUUUCCUUCUAUUUAAAUGAUCCAAGCUUUAACUCUAUUGACAGCAUUUGGGCUUAGUCUGCAAACUUCUGAGAGAAAUCUCACUAUUUUAAACAUGUCCUUUUUUAAUCACCUCUUUGAUUUGUCACAUCUUUCUACUUACAAAUAACAAGUGCCAUUGCUUCUCUGAAUAAAUAGAUUUCAAAAGAAUUUUGUAACUUUAGUCCCUUACUAUAUCUCCUUAUACAUAUACAUUUCAAGUUUAUGUAUGAAAUUUGUCUGCUUCUUAAUGGCUUCCACAUCACUUAUGUGAGUCCUUUACUGCUUAACAAUGUUAACAAUUCUUUUUGCUUUUUAUAUUUACAACCUCAAGGUUCAGACUUGUUUUA